GACACUUUGCACUUAGAAUACUUUCCAUUAAUCGACCACAUGUUCAGUUAAAGUCUUUCGACUGUUUUUGUUUACAAUUGACUUUCUUUUCUCUUGUUUUCUUUAUUUUUUGUUAUGGUCACUUUUCGAUUAUUAUGACGGAGAAAAAGUUCAAAUGGUUAAUUGUGGACUCAUCUGGUUUCAUCAAUGGAUUCGAUAUCCAUGAAUUGACUGAAAAUGUUGUUACACUUGUUGAUGUGAUUGGUGAGAUUAAAGAUCGACAGACAAAGGAAAGACUUUCGCGUUUACCUUAUCAGAUUGAUUUUCGUGAUCCAGAUCCAGAAGAUGUCAAGAUAGUUUCACAGUUUAGUCGUAAAACGGGUGAUUAUGCGAGUUUAUCUCCUGUUGAUUUGAAAUUAAUCGCGCUCACUUAUGGUCUGGAUGUACAAGCUCAUGGAGGUAAAAAUGAUCAUCUUAAUAAGGAGCCGAAAAUAAUUGUUACAGAUAAUAAAAGAGCUUUGGAAAAUGUUGGACCUAUUAAACUGCCUGGAUUCUUUAAUCCAAGGAAAGGGAACAAUGGAAAUGAGGAAAAGACUGAAAUAGAAACAGAAAAAGGAAACACCAAAGGAUCAGAUGAAAUCUGUGGAGAUGAUGACAGAAAAGACAUUGAAAAUGUGAUUAUUGAUGAAAAUGAGAACGAGGGAAAUUGUGAAAAUCUCGAAAAUAACUUGGAAAACCAAAAUGACGAAAGAGAAGACGACGAUGAAGAUAGCGAAGAAGAAGAAGAUGAUGAUGAUGAUGAUGACGAUUCAUGGAUAACACCAAACAAUUUAGCUGCAGCUGAAGAGGCGAUGAAAAACUUGGUCCUAGAAGAGGAUAAAUGUCUAGUCGCUUGUAUGACCUCAGAUUUUGCGAUGCAAAACGUUUUAAUUCAAAUGGGCCUUAAAGUGGCCUCGGUCCGAGGGUUGGUGAUAAAACAAGCUCGACAAUUUAUCCUAAGAUGUCACGCUUGUUAUAAGACGACCUGCAAAAUGGACAAAAAGUUUUGUCCAUCGUGUGGUAACCAUGGAACCUUGAAGAGAGUCUCAGUUGUGGUUAAUGAGAAAGGAGAAAAAGUGAUUCAAAUUAAUUUCAAGCGACAAAUCAGCACUCGAGGGACCAAAUAUUCACUACCGAUGCCGAAAGGAGGUAAACAUGGCAACGAUCCGAUUCUAUUUGAAGAUCAACGUAGACCACAAAAUCGACCAUCUAAAUUAACUUUCGAGGAGAAAAAAGCUCUUAAUUGUAAUUCAAUUCUUUCCGAUCCUGGUUAUGUUAUUAGAUCCACUCCAUUUGCUCUCAAUGAUGUUUACAGUCGAGCGUCAAAAUUUACUAAACAAAAAAUGGCCUCACACAAUCGUCGGAAUCCCAAUGAAGUUGGUCCAGCAACAGGAAAUCGUAAAAAAUCAAAAUCUAAAAUCUAAAAUCUAAAACUAAAAAUUUAAUUAUCAUCAAUAAAUUGUUUUUGAUAAAUUA